AUGAGGUUCAUGAUCAAAGAUGGCCAAUUUUGCCUAAAGAUGACACCAACAACCUCUGGUUAUGGUUACAACAAUACAACAGCUGAAGUAUUUGAACCAUGUAACAGAGAUGAUGACAACAGCCUGGGAGCAUAUAUGUCUAUCCUUUACUACUUAAUGUUUGUGUUCAGUGUUUUUACCAACGUGUCGGUUCUGGUUGUCCUCUGUCGGUCUGAGAAGCUGAGCACUGUGGUCAACAUCUUGCUGGUGAACCUGGUGGUGUCCUCCAUGAUCUUCAUGAGCAGCCUUCCCUUUGUGGCGGUCUACAUGCAGCUCUCCUACUGGAUAUUUGGCUUAGUUAUGUGCAAAAUUGUCUUCAGUGUACAUUUCCUGGGCUUUUACAGCUCUGCCUUUUUCUUAACUCUGCUCAUGAUGGAUCGUUACUUUGCUAUAGUCCAUUCAAUGUCUGCACUACAGAGAAGGAGUCGAUGCUAUGCUAUCAUAUCUUGUACAGUGGUGUGGCUGAUAAGUGGUUUGGCUUGCAUUAGGCCAAUGCUCCUCCGCAACACUUACAGUCAUAUGGAGAUUGUGUACUGUGAGAAUACUCUGAACCUCACUAAUGUUGAUGGAACAAUGCUCCAAAAAUCUGAAUUUUAUGUACGGAUUUUUGUCUUCUUGAUUCUCCCUCUGGUUGUCAAUUCUUAUUGUAGUGUUAGGAUUAUAAUCACAAUCAGAUCAUCAAAAUCAGCUAAAUUGAAGGCAGUCAGGGUGAUAUCAGUCAUUGUAGUGUUGUUCUUCAUUUGUUGGAUACCUUUUAACAUUGUAGAACUCCUGCAUGAUGGACCCAAAGAUUGUAGGGAAGAACAGAGACUUGGUUAUGCUCUUCAAAUCACCCGUAAUAUGGCAUACUUUUACUUCUGCAUCAGCCCCAUCUUUUAUACAUUUGUGGGGAAAAAAUUCCAGAAGCAAUUCAAAAAGCUCCUGAAGAAACAUUUGCUGUGCUUAAAGAAGUACAUUUCUUAUAAUUUAGACAACAAUACAUCAGGGUUCACAGCAGGAACUGAACAUAGCUCUACAAAGUGA